AUGGUGACCGGUCCCACCGUCGUCACGUCCACGGGGGAGUCCCCGACGCUUCCGCCGCUUCUCCGCGCGGGCGAGGAGCGCGAGCUCGACAUCCUCGCGGCGAGAAGACGCGCGAUGCGCGCGACGAAGACGCACCCGAUCGACGCCGUCGCGAGCGCGUCGGACUUUCUCGCGACGAGAGCGGGUGGAGCGCCCGUCGAGCCGCGCGUCGCGCCUCGGACGGUCCCGAAGUCGUCGCUCGAGUCCGCGACGACGACGACGACGACGACGACGACGACGAUCGCCGCGAAACCGGUCGACGUCCCCGCGCCCGCGCCCGUCGCCGUCGUCGCGGGCGAGGCCGUGGACGCGGUCGUCACGCUCACGGACGACGCCGUCGUGACGCGCGUGGCGACGACGAUGCGAAUGACGAAGCCGCUCGAGGCGGCGUCCGCGUCCGCGGCGCCCGCGAAACUGGCCGAACCCGUCGUCGCGCCCGCGCCGACCGCGUCGACCCUGGAGUCGGUGACGCUGACCGAACGCGCCACGCCCGCGACGACCCCGACCCCGACCCCGAGACCGCCGGCGAGGAAGCUCGCCGCGGACCCGAGCGCGUCGUUUCUCGCGUUGGCGUGGACGCUCGCCGCGCCCGCCGCCGCCGCCGCCGCCGCCGCCGCCGCGCGGCCGCAGCAUCGCGCGGCCGCGCGCGCGCGCGCCGGCGACAUCGCGCGCGGGUUUUUGAGAACACUCGGCGGCGUUAAGGAAACUGUCGCCCGCAAGGCGUUACGAGCGAUGGGCAAAGACGUCCCGGAGGCGGCGGAGGAGGAGAACGCGCUCGAAAAAUACAUGCUCGAUGGCAUCCGCGCGGAGGAGGAGUCCACGAACGCGCUCGAAGCCUGGAUGCUCGAAGGGAUCGCGAACGCGGAGCUCGAGGACCUCGAAUACGACGCGCGUGCGGAGCUCGAUUUAAACUUGACGUUCGACGUCGACGUCGAAGACGCGGAGCGCGGCGGCGACCCGAUGAGCUGGCUCACGCCGCUUCCGGAGCCGCCGACGUCGAAGACCGCCGCCGCGGCGCUCGCGCCCGAGGGUGCCGACGAGGGUGCCGUCGCUAUCGCCGGCGAGUCCGACGCCGACGCGAUAUUCGAGGAGGCGAACCAGGUUGGACGGGACCUCAUCAGAGGGUUGAUCCCGACGCCGACGAUCGCGGGAGGGAAGACCGCGUCGAGAGGGCUCGGGUUCGACUCGGAAGAGGACGAAGAGGAGGAGGAGGAGGACGACGGGCCGGAGACGCCGCCGCAGCUGGAUAAGACCGAUCUCAACGCCGGCUCGGUCUCGGAGGAUGCGGAGGAGGAGGAGGAGGACGAUUCGGAUUACGAACCGUCGGACGGCGAGGAGAGCGAAGACGAGGACGACGAGACGUCCCUCGACGACUCGGACGUCGACUCCGAGGAGGGAAGCGCGCGGGAUGAAAACGAUACCCCCGCGUCGCUUCGGUCCGCGAUACACGCGUACGGCGGCGCGAUGCACCCGAUGACGAACCCGAUGAACCCGAUGAACAUGAACGCGAUGAACGCGAUGGUCACCCCGACGGGCUCGGGCGCGGGCGCGGGCGCGGCGGCGGCGUCGCCCGCGUUUAGCGGCGCGGGAAGCGGCGCGGAGUCCUACGACUCGUUCACCGCCGCGCAGCAGUUUCAACAAUUUCAACAGUACCAGCAGUACCAGCAGAUGCUCGCCUUUCAACAGCAGCAAGCCGCGUUCGCGAUGCAGCAGCAGAUGGCUCUACAGCAGCAGCAGGCGGCGUCCGCAGAGAAGGCGUCGAAAAAGUCAAAGUCCAAAAACGCGUCGCCGAACGCCGCCGCCGUCGCGGGAACGAAUCCCGCGGACGCCAAGGCGAAGAAAGCGAAGGCGGAGGCGAAGGAGGCGAAGCGGGCGCUGAAGAAAGUCCGGGGGGAGGCGUUGAAGAAGAUUGCGAUUCGCCUGCACGGGGACAAACUUCGACGGACGCUACGGAGCUGGCUGCUGGUGCGAGCCGCGGAGAAAGCGGCGAGGAUCAAGGAGGAGAAGGAGGAGCAGCUCAGGGAGUUGCUCGCCGCGCGCGAGGCGAUCGACGCGUGA